CAUCUCAAACUCCCGAAAAUUUGAAUUUCGUUCCCGAAUUUUUAAGAAAAAUUUCCGAUGGCGCCCAAAGCUGAGAAGAAGCCCGCCGAGAAGAAGCCGGCAGAGGAGAAGAAGUCCACCGUGGCCGAGAAGGCCCCGGCAGAGAAGAAGCCCAAGGCCGGCAAGAAGCUCCCCAAGGAGGCCGGAGCCGCCGCUGGAGACAAGAAGAAGAAGAGGAACAAGAAGAGCGUAGAGACCUACAAGAUCUACAUCUUCAAGGUCCUCAAGCAGGUCCACCCUGACAUCGGGAUCUCCAGCAAGGCCAUGGGCAUCAUGAACAGCUUCAUCAACGACAUCUUUGAGAAGCUGGCUCAGGAGUCGUCGAAGCUCGCAAGGUACAACAAGAAGCCGACGAUUACUUCUCGGGAGAUCCAGACUGCUGUCAGGCUUGUGCUUCCCGGUGAAUUGGCCAAGCACGCCGUUUCUGAGGGAACAAAGGCGGUGACCAAGUUCACCACUGAGAAGAAGCCCGCCGAGAAGAAGCCGGCCGAGAAGGCCCCCGCCGCCGAGAAGGCCCCGGCCGAGAAGAAGCCCAAGGCCGGAAAGAAGCUCCCCAAGGAGGCCGGAGCCGCCGCCGGAGACAAGAAGAAGAAGAGGAACAAGAAGAGCGUGGAGACCUACAAGAUCUACAUCUUCAAGGUCCUCAAGCAGGUCCACCCUGACAUCGGGAUCUCCAGCAAGGCCAUGGGCAUCAUGAACAGCUUCAUCAACGACAUCUUUGAGAAGCUGGCUCAGGAGUCGUCGAAGCUCGCAAGGUACAACAAGAAGCCGACGAUUACUUCUCGGGAGAUCCAGACUGCUGUCAGGCUUGUGCUUCCUGGUGAAUUGGCCAAGCACGCCGUUUCUGAGGGAACAAAGGCGGUGACCAAGUUCACCAGCACUUAGGGAUCUGGGUUUGUUUUUGU